AUGAAAUUGGACAAUCAAGGAGAUGACACGAAGGGGAGUGACGUCCUGUGGGAGUCCCUUUAUAACGACUUUAACGAAAUUACAAAAACGAAUAAGCGGCACUGUAACUAUAUCGAAAAUAGCUUGUAUAAUUUUUGCAAAGGAGUGAGCUCACCAGAUAACUUAAGUUACAAUUUGAAGAAUAGAUCGAAUGAGUCGCUCCUUUUUAACCACUCGAAGGACGUUGCAGGAGUGGCACUCGCUGGAAGAGAGGAGAAUGAGGGGAGUAGAGAUAGUCCCAAUAGGGGAACAACAGAAGGAGGAAGUGCCAGCUGGAGUAACCUUGCCAUCCAGGCAUACUUAAAUAACGAAGAGGAAGGGGAGGAACGAUUUGCCAACAAAGAUAAUGAUGCGAAGAGUGUGAUCAACCACCCGGUGCUACAGGAUGGUCAGAAAAAUGAUCCCUUGAGGAGACGGCACUCGUCGUUCCAAGUGAGCAAAGACUGCUACGAUGGGCAGUACGUGAGGAACAACUUACUGGACGUUGACAGCGAGUACUUGAAGAAUGAAACGUACGUCAGCUGCAACGAUGUUGUGAAUAGCGAAAAGACCAGACACUCGGAGUUUCAAAAUAAUAUCAGUGGCAAUGCGCUUCUUCGAGAGAAGAGGAGCGCGAGCGGUGAAAAUGGAGGGGUUGCCGACCACCUUGGUGGUCAUUUGGGUAACCACUCGGGUGUCCAGUUUGACGCCCCCUUCCGUAACGGCAGCAUGUUCAAUCUGAUGAAGUACAACGCUGCUUUGAAGGGGCUCGGAAUCGAUGGAGGCAUGGGCCUACGCAACGGAAGCAGCAUCGGCAGUAGCAGCCAUACACAUAGCAACGUAAACAAAGGAGUGAGUGCCUUCUCCCUUUCUGAUCAGCAGCAUUAUGAGAGUGCCAAAUCGGGAAGGUUGCAAGUGACCGACCCGAAGGGGCUGUUUUCAAAAAGGGAGGAUUAUACCUACUUGCUGAGCAAUAAGAAAAUGUAUGACCAUUUGUCUGUGGGGGAGAGGGGGCACAGCGGUGACCUCCUGGGGUUCUCCCCCCUUGAGAGCGGCGCAAGGAGUGCUGUUGGAAGCGGAGCUAGAAGUGGCCUGGGAAGCGGCGCGAGAAGUGGCCUGGGGAGCGGAAGGAACGUCCUCUUCCACAACAUGAACAAGUACAGGCACUUCCCCGUAAAGUCGGACGAAAGCCUGACGUGCCCGAGCUUCAGCUACCGGCGCAGCGGCCUGGAGGGAGGCCUCCUGGGCGGAAAGGCCUCCAUGGUCGACGUGGGGAAGCUCGAUGGGGAUGACGCAAAUGAUGCGAAUGGCGAGUAUCACUACGAGGAACGGGGGAGCGCCCAGGAGAGCCGCCAGAAAGACCAGCGGGCGAGCUGCAACUCGUUGGAGAGAUUGGACCAACUGCUAAAAAGCAAGUGUAGGCAUGUGAGCAACAGCAAGCUGAGCGAACUGGACUUUUUAUUUAAAAAAAAAAAAAAAGCAAGCAGUGAGCACCUGAGGAAGUCCUUCAUAAGUUGCGACAAUUACAAAAUUGACUCAGUGAUGUCGGAGACGUUUAAUAGAAACACCGAAAUGGAUAAGAGCGAGUCUCCUCCGUCCGAGCAGAUGGGUGAGGCUAGCCACAACCAACUUAUAAGCCGAUCCAAGCGGCUAAUUGAAAUAAGCAAAAAGUGCCUCAGUGGGUACUCAGAUGUUGAUCAUUACGAUAUAAGCGAGUUGUACGCUCGAAUGGAUAAGAGCAAACGGGGGACCAGCGUUGCUGGCAGAAGUUAUAGCAAUGUGAUGGAUGAGGAGGAGUGCGGGUCGGUUCUCUCUGCGCAGAAGCUAAUUGGGAAGGAAAGCGCGCUUGGCAACAGUUACGGCCUUGCGUAUAAUUACACCAAUGGGGAGCUGGAGGAGGUGCUGUGCAGCUACGUUGGGGGCAAGCGAGGGAGCAGCGAGGAGGAGGACUCGAAGGGGCGAAUGGCUGAGGGGCGAACGACUGAGGGGCGAAUGGCUGAGGGGCAGAUCGCUGAGGGGCGAAUGGCUGAGGGGCGAAUGGCUGAGGGGCAGAUCGCUGAGGGGCGAAUGGCUGAGGAGCAAAACAGCAAAAGUGUUAGUAAGCUCCUCGAAGCAUACGACAAGGAUAAAAUUUCCGACGUCAGUGCACCCCUGGUGAGUAAGGCGCAGAGAGGUAACCCCCAAGUGGAGGCACCUCGCAGGGAUAGGAAAAUGAAUAAGAAGAGCAACCGGGGGCACAGCGAUGAUGUGGUUGGAGGUGCCACUCGGAAAGGAGCCCACAGUAGCGAGUCCCUCUAUAGCAACAGCCAACCGAAUGAAGAGCGCCACUUUGGUGAACACGAGACGGUUGGAAGGAUAUCCCGUGUGGGGUUAAGUACCCCCCUUUGUGAUGGUUACGACGCGCUGGGAGGAACAACAGAAGGGAAAAAAAAGAAAAAGAAGAAAAAAAGCAAUUUAGAUAGUAUUGCAGAUAACGCAGAGAAGUUAUUACCCCCUGGUGGUGAGUUGAAAGGUAACCUGGAGGGCAGCAGUCCAAAGGCGGGAUUCAAAAUGGCUAGUAUAAAAUUCCCCGGGGAUGAAGAGGAGGACGACGACUCCCCUUUCGGUGGUGACGCCCACAAAGGUGCAACUGACAAGCACGAGGAGGAGCUCCACGGGAAGGUAAAUAACGACGUGUACAGUUACGAGGUAGAGCAGGAGGAGGACGAAGUGGGAGGGAGUAAUAAUAUACCCCAUGGUGAGGACCCCAUUAGUGAGAGCGUCGAGAGGGGAUCCCAUCCGAAGGGAGGAGACACCAACAGCGUAAUCACGAACAGCUCCAGUGCGCGCAAUGUCAUUAAGCAAGCAGAAUUUGCAAAAAUGUACUACAAUCAAAAGAAGGAGAAAGUGCCGUACGCAGAGGAAAGGAAAAUAAGUGAUGGCCAACAGAAGGCACUCGAGCAAUGCUACGACACCAUUAACCAUGCCAAUGAUGUUAAGAGACUCUUUCGGGAAAAAAACUUCCUACAGGAUUUAUGUGAAAAGAGAAAGGUCAUUAUACAGAAGAGCAAAAUAGAAAACACCAAGUUAAACGUGGAGAUUAAGUCGCUACUCAGCUUUAAUAACAAUUUGAGCUACGCAUUGAAGGAGAAGGAGGCCGAAAUUAAAAUGCUAAAGAAGCAGAAGGAAGAGCUGGAAAUCAAUUUAAUGAAGAGGAUAAAUAAUAAUGGCAGCACCCAGUAUUCCCUCCUUAGCAACUUCACCUCUUUUCCUACGCUUUGCAAAAAUGAGAGAUCUACUGGGGUGCAGAGUGAUAGCGGCACGUGUCACCUGCUGCGCAACAGGAGCAGUUGCACCGUUUUGAAUAACAUCGCCGACGCUAACGCUAGUGUGAGCAGCGGCGGAGGCAAUCAGGCCGCCCUCAUCCAGAGCUACGAGGAGAAGAUCCAGGAGCUCCUCAUGCAGGUGAAGAUGUACCAGACGAAGAACAGCGACUUGCAGGAGCAGCUGCGCAUUUUUAUGAACGAGUAG